CUUAAAAAUGGGAUUACAUCUAGCCCUCGUUUUUUCUUCUUAUUUGCUGUUAACGUUAGGAGCCAAUGGAAUUAUGGAUGAUUUCGAUUGUGUGGAUAUAUACAAACAACCGGCUUUCCAACAUCCAAUGUUGAAACACCACAAGAUUCAGGAAAAUUUCAUUUCGAAUGAAAUCCAUAAAAGAAAAGAUAAUUAUAAAAUGAAUAAUCAAAGUUGUCCAAAAGGAAUGGUACCAAUUUUAAAGCAAAGAAUUGGAACUGAUAGCGUUCAUCUCGACACAAUCGAGUAUCCUGGCCAACAUUUUGCAACAAUUGAGACUAUAUUGGAUGGGACCAUCUAUCGAGGAGCUGAAGCUAUUAUAAGUAUUCAUAAUUUAACUCUACAAAAUAACCAAUACAGUAAAAAUCAAAUUUGGUUAGAAAAUGGACCUCGCGAUCAACUCAAUAGCAUACAAGUUGGUUGGGCGGUGCAUCCAAGAUUAUAUGGUGACAGUUUAACGCGACUUACAAUAUAUUGGACCGCAGAUGGCUAUAAAAAAACUGGAUGCUAUAAUACAAAAUGUCCUGGCUUUGUUCUUGUUACUCGAUAUAAUUGGCUUGGAAUGUAUUUUGGUAGAUACUCUAUUAAUGGUGGUCAAGAGCGUAUUUAUGUUCAACCAAAAAUUUUUCAGGAUGCCAUCACCGGAAAUUGGGUACUAAAAGUACAUGAUGAAUUAAUUGGAUAUUGGCCCAAAGAGUUAUUUACACAUUUAAACAACGGAGCUUCUUUAUUACGCUUUGGAGGAAAUACGUUUCCAUCUUCUGAUGGAAUUAGUCCUCCAAUGGGAAAUGGUUGUUUUCCUGAUUUACCGGAAAGUUCAAAUUUUCUAUUUGUUAAAGCUAAGGAUUCGAACUACCAAACCGUUGAAAUUGAAGAUGAGAAAACAAAACGCUAUGUAGAUGCUUAUCAGUGUUAUAGACUAUAUUAUGGGGGAUAUGCCGAAAGCACUGGAGUACACUUCAAUUAUGGAGGACCAGGUGGAAAUUGUGGUAUUUAAUGAUUUAUGAAUCUCGUAUCAGUCAAAACUAUAUUAUAUGUAGAAGAAAUAAAAGUGGCAAAACUAUAUCUUUAUCGUAUUCAAAAAGUAUUGUAGGCAUUGAACAAAUUCUAUUUUAAAGAUAAACGUCACAAAAUUUUAAUCAAGUUGUAAUUUCAAAACACA